AUGAACCGCGGGGUAUUGUACGAUUUGUGCAAAAGGGCGGGAGUCAAACGCGUUGCAUUCUAUUGUGGCGCAUCGAAUGGAAGAGGCCCCAGGUGUUCCGGCUGGUUUGCAGACUACAUUGCGGACAAGGGCGAUGAUCAGAUCACAUCCUUGACACUUGGUGGUGGCAUCAAGGGUUGGGUGAAGGCUGGAGAACCGUACACACAACAAAUGGACGGCUUCGAGCCAGAGUAUUGGAAACAGUUUGAAUGA